UAAAGAAGUGAACUUUGAAUGCGGGACGGAUGUUUUUCACCAGGGUAAACACUCGCGUGCAAUAACCCUGAUUAAUUUGCCAGGUGGCCCGUUUCCGUCACCGUGGUGACAAAGUUUUCUGUCGUUCUUUCUUUGUGCGGAGUUUCUUUAACUGAUAAACGACCUUUACUCACCAGGAGAGAGGACGGACUUGAUAUACAGUGUGGAGAAACCAGAGUGAGAAUAACAGUAAAGCGAAAGUUUUUCAAAGUGAGACAAGUUCCGUUUAAAGCUGAGUUUCUUCGACUUGGAGUGAACUCGGCGCAGAAAAGCUAAUGUUGACCAGAGAGGAAGGUUUCUGAAAGUGAGAUGGUUAUUUCAGCCAGGCUGCAGGACUGUGGGACUGAGUCCAGGAUGCAUGAUGGAUACUUUACUGCCAGACUUGAUUCCUGCCUCAGGAUCAAGCUAUCAGACUUUGCUUUAGCUUCAAAAUGUUUCAUUUCAACCAAACAUCUCCAGAGCAGAUGUUUAUAAGCUGCCAUCUUAGAGCCACUUUGAAACAAAAAUCUCCACACCGUCAUAAUAAAGCCUGUUUCUUCCACAAACCCACAUUCAGAUGGCGAUCCAUAGAGGGAGACAUCGCUCUGUGUGAAUGCUGCAACACUGACUGCUCAGGACUGACUGGAGUGAAGAACCACGGCCAUCCAGAGACGGAUGAGACGUUUGAGGCCCACAGGACAGCUGGACGUCUUCAUGUUGUGCAUCAAUCCAACUGGACCGGAGAGCUUUCAGGCUUUCAGUCAGUUGAAAAGACUCUACUCCAGGUCCAGAGUUUGGUUUUGAACGAACCACCCACUAUAAAAUACUCACCAGUGCGGAGGCUGCGGUCUUUGAUGAAGAUGUUCUGUGUUGGGUCUCUGGCCCCCGGCUGCUUGGUGCCUGUCUUCCCCUACACUCUCUCUCUGGCCUACUUCCUGUUCAGCUACUGAUGAAGAAAGUGCCAAAAGAAUAAGA